UAAUCCGUCAAUCACAUGCAGGGAAAACCUACCCUAGCUGCUGAUGUCACAGCUCGUUACGCCAUCUUUGUUGGGGAGCAGCAGCAGCAGCAGUCGUGUCUAGAAAAGGAGGAUUACAGUCCAGGUACAUCUAACGGUGCCUUGUGUUCUCAUCUCUGUGAGCUGUCCGUUGAACGGGACACUUGCUUUAUCUCACACACACACACCAUGUCGACGGAAAACCUGGACUCCGACACGCAGGUGGACUACGAGGACGAAAAACAGGACUGUCAGGAGAAGAAUGCGAACCCAGUGAAGGCGGAGGAGGCCAAGCUGAAAGCCAAGUACCCCCAACUCAACCACAAGCCCGGAGGAUCAGAAUUUUUGAUGAAGAGACUACAGAAAGGGCCAAAGUACUUCGACUCGGGCGACUACAACAUGGCCAAAGCCAAGAUGAAGAACAAGCAGCUCCCUGUGGCGGGGCCCGACAAGAACCUGGUGACCGGCGACCACAUUCCCACGCCGCAGGACCUCCCCCAGAGGAAGUCCUCCUUGGUGACCAGCAAACUAGCGGGCUAGCUGUCCGCCGUCUGAGAAGCAACCCAACCCCCUGGGGCUCCCGGCAAACGUCCCUCCUCCUCCUCCUCCUCACCCAUGUCCCAAAUAUUGUCCACCCCACCCCCCCUCUCCUCCUUUUUUAUCCCCAGGCACCACUGGCUUUAACAUGUCAGGCAGAGUUGUAUAAGUUUAAGAACUCCAUUUUGCUUGUAUGUGGGCGGGGCCGGGUGGGAGGGAUGAAGGUUCAGGCGAUCCCACGAGGUCGCGGCCUUCUCUGCCUUCCCACCACGCACAGCUCUGCCCCCUCUGCGCACUCUGCUCUACCGCCUCCUUUAUAUCUUGGUUUUCGGUGUUCCAAGAUGCAUCACAGUAGGUGUGUGUCAUCAGGCAGGGGUUGGAUGGGGUGAGUUAAUGCACUUUGUAGUCUGUAUAGUAUGCCUUUUGUUCUUUUUUUUUUUGCAUCCUAAAUGACACCAAAAUAAUGUGCGAAAGGGAGUUAGGAACCAUAAUCGCAGCACGCUCUUUUGGUUUUACGUCCAUGUUGGUGGCUUGCUUCAGCGGGGAGAUGUUUAGGGAAGAAUCAUCGCUUGCAUACCAAAUCUGUGAGUGGGCAGCCGCCUAGCUUAAGUUCUUUAUUAUUCACUGACACCACAUUGGGAAGUGGUGAACGUAGGAUCGCUUUCAUCUCAACUUUUACGUCGAACAAAACCUGACAUCGUCUGCUGCCGCUCAGUCAAACAGGGACACGAAAACCCCCACGCUUUGUUUCCUCCUCUCUCCGCUCAUGUUGCUUAAAUAUCAAAACAUGCUGCAUGAUUGUAACUAAAGAGAAUUUAAUUUUCUAACAGAAGUGGAGCAUCUUCUUUGUGCGAGGAAGUAUUAAAAACACACACACACACAAGCCCCUAACACUUCCUUCCCUCCUUUCCUGUUUGCUGUCCUGACAAUCCAUGUGUACACACACGCUCCGGUUAGGGGGCGCAGGGCGAGAGCCAGCUGAGUAUAUCCUCAUCUUAUUUUUAAUGGCCGGGAACCCUGCCAAUACCUGAGCUCCGUCUUAGCUCAGCCGCCGUUGAGUUGCAUCAAGAUGUGUGUUUACUAUGAGCCUAAAAGAUUUGCAGGGGGGGAUUGAACUCCCUGCGUAGAGUAUAUAUAUAUAUAUACGCUUCUGUAAAUAAACUUCUAAAAGCACGUCAUUUGUGAUAAGCUUGGCACUUUGAGGCCCAGACCUGCUAACAUGCCUAAGAGAUGGUAGUGCUAAAUACACGCAUAUGGGAUCGGAUCUGGAAAAAUGUCUGGCUUGGGGAGUUUUUCUGCUUGAACCAUCAGAGCCAAACUUCACAUUUCACACUGCAGCUAUCAUCGUCAGACUGUGGGGAGAGUCGUCGUGAGGAAAGCUGGAGCCUUGAGCUGCUCCGGCUCACGCAGGGUUUACCCGCCGCUCAUGUAACUUACUUUGGGUCAUCUUUGAAACACUGGUCUCACACGCGAACAGACUUAAGUCCCUUUUGAAAAGUAACCACAGUCAAAGCCUUCACGGACAGUCCGGCGAUGCAGUGAAUGUUUUUACACAUUUGGGACUUCCCAAAGAAUCUCUUAUUUUAGCUGCUUGACAAACUUUCACUUUCCACUUUCUGUUGGAGUUUCCUCAACUUUCAGAAUCCACUCGGCACAGUUUUUGCUGUCGUAUUCAAAACACUAACUCAAGUAAAAGAAUACUUUACUCCCCUCCAAACCUAAGUUGCAGUCUAGACCUACUUUACAACCAGCAGCAUCCUCUGAAAGCAUUUCCUCUUCACAGACACUGCUCAGACUGAUUUUUGAUCUCAGAGUAAACAGCAGGCAACCUGAUAACCACAGGUGUCAGCACAGCUCCUAAGCUCAUCAUCACAGGCUUAAAGUGGGACACUGCAUGCCUGAAGAACACGCCCACUGCACCCUUGGCAAAACAGCAAGAGAUUUUAUAACCUGUUUAGUGAAGUUUGAGCCCGUGCUCUGCACUCUGGUUCCAUCGUAUAUAUGUGGUUCGACCUCUGUUAUUGGGGGUCCUUGCUGUCGCAGCUUUGAGUGCAUGCGGUCCAUGCAUUCAGGAACUUGAGAAUCCGCCUCCUUGUAUAAUAACGCUUCAGGGAACCUUCACAGACGCACACUCCACCACGUAGGCUAGGUGAUAGGGUGCAUGCACCGUCACACUCUCCACCCUCCACCUUCGUCUUCACUCAGACUUUAAAAAUGUGUCAAAUUAGCAGCGGGCGAAAAAAGAACUGACCUGAGCGUAUGUGCUUAAUCUGGUGUUGUAUGAAUGCAUCGCUGUUCUCUGUUUUAGCCAAUGUAAAUAGAGUUCGACAGGAAGGGACGUUUGUGUCCCCCCCCCCUCCUCCCGCCUGCUCUUCACUGUCUCAUAGAUCAAUGGUUCCUCUCUCCUUUCUGUUAACACUACUUCUGCUCGAUCUCGGUGAGGUGCAGAGGAUAUGUGAAUCUGUAUCAUAUGAAAAUAUGUGUAAAUGCUGCUGAUUCAGUCAAAGACAAAUCUAAGAGAUGAUACCCUGUAAAGAACACCUGUCCUCUUGAUUCUAAUAGUUCAACCCUUCUCCUCCUCCUCAAGCGUCUCUGUCAGAGUCCUAAACCAACCGCCUGUUGUAAAGUCCAUUAAUUUGGGACUGGGGUAAACCUCAAUGUCAAUUCUGCCACUAUGUUUUUAUGAUUCGUUGUUCAAAGCUCAAAGAACACUCUGGAGAACUCUAUGUCACUGUAAACGACAUGAAAACACUAUUCGGCAUCACAUUCUGUUGGAAAAAACAAAUAUUGCUUUAAAAAAAAGGGUGAUAAAGCUGCAACAUGUUUAUAGAAACAACAGUGGACAGGAGGUCUUGAAUGCUACUUGAUGUUUGGCUUUGCACGGAGCAGUUCAACGAGAGGAAUUAGCAAGGGUGUGUUUGAACCCCGACUCACAGGGUGUCUCUCGUUCAGCUAUGUUAAUUAAACACGUGCCAGAAUGUAUAAAGAACUGACAGGCUGUGUGCUCUGAAGUACUUUUGUGCUGCUUUUACCUGACCUGUUCUCUUGUUGUUUUUUUGCAAAAAAAAAAUUGUUUCUUUUUUUUUUUUUUUUGUUUCUUGUGUUCUCUUAUUGCAUUAUAAAUAAAUGUCAUCCUGGCCCGAGUUAACUGCAGGGAAAUCAGAGGAACCCUAGCUUCCAAGAAAAAAAAAAAAGGGUUUACAUGGUAAAGAGGAUGACUGGAAACACAGGAAUGAUUUUAAGACUUCAGAAAGUACUCGAGUACUUGGAAUGUUUCAGUUGUGUGGGAGUAGGUGAGAGGAUUUUUGUCAGUAUUUGAAAUAAACUUUUACAUUAAUAA